GGGGAGAUUUUGGCAUGCGAGACGAGUAUCCAUUUUUAAACGCCUCAGAUUAUGACAUGAGGGACUGACCAUGAGAGAGAAGCUCUUUGAGUGGGCAUUGGUUCUUUGUGAAGACCUUCUCACCAAACUGACCCCUGAAGUUAGCCAGAGUCAGAUGGCAGCACAAGAUUACGUGCCCUUUCUGAGCUGAACAUGUGUCUACCGGCAUCCUGGGUGUAUUAUCUGAUUGAUGAGGGAAGGUUCGGAAGACAGGAGAGUGAAAGACACUCACUGUGAAUAAUCAACAAAGCUGCACUCCAUACACACUAAUAAACCCACAAAACCCUCUGGAAUGUGCUUGGCAUAUGUGCCUUUAUGUGUGGUACGCUAUGUGUCAUGAGAAUUGUGGUGUGUUUUGGUUGGUGUGUGCUUGCACAUGUGCGGACUUGCCCUGGUGAAGCUUCAAGAGCACAAUGAGUCGUCUAAAGAAAAGUCAAUUUACAGGCAAUGUGUUUCAUACACAAAUAUACCAACACAUAUGUAACACUGGGUAUACCCAUAGUACAUCCCACAUAGCUGGAUUCACGUUCUCAUAUUUUCAUUAUAAUCUCUCACCUUUUUGUCAGCUGAACCUAAAUAAUUUGGCUUAAAGUGCUUUUUGAAGUUAAAAUUGGUGUUCAGACCUUUUUGUAUCUGUCCAUUACUGGUUUGGACAGUAGAAUAUCUGUGGGGGGGGUUUGAAGAUAUUAUCGUUUAAAUUUUUAUAAUAUUUCACUUUUGGAAAAACGUAAAAUAAUUUUUUAAUGACUUAUAUAUGCAUAUACAUGUACAAGUCUUGUGUUCAUCCAAUGAAAUGCCUUCUAGAGCGUUUAUGUCCCGUCCCCCAGAGGUGGGUAUUUCUGUACACUAGCAGCUUGCUAGCAACAAACAUAUUUCCCUUUUUCAACCAUCCCUUUAGUUGAGAAAAAAAAAUGGUCACAGUUUAUUCAUUCUAAAAAUUCUAUGCACUUAUCGGAAGAGUUUUUUUUUUCACCAUCUUAGCGCCGGAAUGUCGAUCACACUGAUCGAGAAUGUGAUCCCAUCUUUAUACGCCUUCCGAGCUUCUCCAUCUGUAAAAGGUUUACAAGUAGUUUAAUAUUUAACAUUUUUCAAAUUGUAAUCCUAAUGUUUUUCGAUGUGUCCGAUAUCUCCCAGUGAUGAACCUGUGGAUCUCCGUCACCGUCACCACCACUGAUUUGUUAACCUCAACUUAAACGUACAGCAUAAUUACAAAGACACGCAAUGCAUCAUCUCAUCGUCCUUUUUAAAUCAGACAUGCUUGGGUGAAGUUGGUGGUGAAUAAUCCUGCACAGUUGGAAAAAAAAAAAAGGCUCUUGCUUAAUUCUUCGCCAGUUUGCUAAACUACUGGCUGUUGUGUAAAUCAGUACAGCACUUCAACACUGAAACUACGUCAGCAUUAAGUGAAACUUUUGUAAUACAUGUUGGAAACUUAUUUAGAGGAUGUUACGGUUCAGUUUAUGAAAUAUAUUAACAGCUUUAACAUAAUUUCUUUGGUGAUUCAUUGAGUUGAUUAUAUUUAGGUUUUUUUUAUUUUUUUUGUACCAUUUCUACCCAUUUGACACUUUCAUGCACUUUGGGUGGUGUACAUUUUUUGUGUGUCUGUAUAUCUAUCUACAAAUCUAUGUAUUUGUGUGUAUUUUCUGUCGUUCUCUUGCACAGUAGUUGAACCUGAGUUAAACACGACGUUGCUCUGCAGCUCGUCUGCCUGCAACACGUCUCCGGCCUGCCGAGGCUAGAUGACAGAGCCAGCUAAGUGAGAUGGAUUUCCUGCAGUUCAGGGCCUGUUUGUCAUUGCAGUUUUGUCACACGAGAUGGAGAAAGAGAAGGAGGGUGGGUGAAGACAGACUAAGAGAGUCUGGUCUUUGGCAAGGAUGAAAGAAAAUAACUGGGUCUCAUCUUUUUGGAAUCAUUCUUGACUUAGUGUUUGAUGGGAAAAAAUGGCAGACGGAUAUGUAGAGUUGGAUAUGUAGAGUGUCUCUUUCAAAAGUCGACACGAGGUGAAAAAGCGAAAGAGAGAGAAAAAGAGAGCAGGAUAAGUUGGAGGGGGAAAAGUUAGUGGCCCUGUGGGGGUUUCUCCUGGAGUUCACUCCUUUUGGACCGGGAAGGAAAGGGAGGGCGGGGGCUCAGGUCAACAGCACUAUGAUGUUGGAGCGGAUUAAAUGUCUGAGCCAACUCGUUUUUUUUCCCCUCCAGGUACAGGAGCCGUGCCUAACAAAACUCUUCGAUUAGAGGAAGGGAGAGAGAAGAAAAAGUGUGUGACUGAGUUUUUGUGUCUCUGUUUAGUGAAGACAGAUGACAGGCCAUGAAUUAGUCUAAUCUGCAAUGAUAAAAGCUGCUAGCUAGCACUUUAUGUGGACAAUCACCGCAAUCUGGUACAGGGGAAUUCCAUAGUCAUCUUUCUAAGCAAAAAAUGAAACUUGAAAAGAAAAUGUCAUUCUAUGGUAUUUCACCAUGAUGACUUCAUUCUGGUUUCUGAGCAUCAUUUAGAAAGUGACAUGGACAAUAAAGAGAAAACAAAAGACAAAAAAUGCUGCAAACCCCGCUCUGUCCACUUCCAACACGACUGCAGUGUAUGACUUAAACUUAAAAAGGCAAGUUUUAUUAGUGAAACAACCAGCCUCUCCACCAUGCUACUUUUUGAUCUGUUCUUUUACCGCCCUCUUCCUUUAUGACAUGACAAUUACAUGAAGGAGAAGAGCAAGUCAAUUGAUGUUUAGGAUCAGCUCAAACAAAAGGGCAAUUAACCAACCCAACCCUCCCCCCUCCUCCUUUUCCUCUCUCCCCUCUCUUUUCGUCUCUGCUCGUGUGUGAGGGCCAACUAAGGAAAAUAGAUGAGAACCAUAACAAAGUCAAGAGCCUCAGGAUCAAUAAACAGUGUAAUCAGCACUAGUCCCAGUGCACAAGUAUGAAAAAUGCUUAUUCUGCACCCUGUGAAAAGACUAAACGCACACAGAGCGAGAAACAGCAGAGUAUGAGUGAAAAGACUGUACUUGUAUACAGAGAAGCUAACUAUAAGCACAAAUUGACAGGAAAUGGUGCCUUUUUCUGAGGCAGUCUGGGCUGUACCACUUUCGCGAUGAAGGGGGUGUGUGUGAUGGUUGUAGUGGGGCAAUAAGCUCAGCCAUCUCUGCUGCUUCUGGCAUUGAGUUCAGCUGUUUGCUUGAUAUGAACCCUGCUGAGGGUCUGGCUUUCCCUCAGCUGUUCUGCCACUGACAGCCAUUGGCAGUGAAACUGGCCGAGCUAUUUAUUUCCUAAUGUCUCAUCUCACCCCCCCCCCCAAAAAAAAAAAAACAAAAAAAAAAACACCCACACUUAAUGUCGUACUAACAACCUGUGUCUACAGAGAUACUAACUUGGUGACUUUGUUUCUAGAUUUUGCAACUUUUUACACUCCUUAAAGAGACUUUAUUGGUAAAAAAAAAAGAGCCUAGUGGCAAAUCUGAGCAGAUGUUAGCAACUGUCCUGCACUUGACACAGCUCUCUAACUCGCAUCACAGCUGCUGGUUAUAUGAGUUGAUCACUGAUCACCAUAGUUUCCUAACGACCAAUCACUUUUCACCAUUAUUUACAAGCAAUAAAAGUGAGUUAUUCAAAUGAGUAACCAUUUGUUUCCCGUUUCCCAACUACUAACUACUACUGAUUCUUUCUGUCUGCAUUCUUGAUAGAAAUGAUAGUAUUUUGUACAUAAAUAUGUAAAUGGUUAUUUUAUGCUGCCAUCAUCAAAGAUGACUUUUUUUCCCCCCUAUAAAAAAUAAGCUAUAAUCUUAAAAUUUUCUCUUCUGAUCAAACUCUGUUCUUGUCCAUUCUUUUGCGUGUCUCUUUGGAAAAUCGUCCUUCUUCAUGUAACACCUUUUGAUAUGCAAAUUUCUACGACAAUUCAAUUAAUAUGCAGAUCAGCCUAUGACAUCAUGUGGAGUCUUCUAGUGACUUUUUCAACACGCAUUAGCUACUUUUCUUGGCAGCACUGCGUGUGUCAGUUAUAUGAAGGAGAUCAAUGGAGUUACUGAUAUCACGGUUGGCGUGGGUGAAAAAUGUAGGGAGGAAAAGUCUCCGGUCUCAGGUGAACUUAACAUUCUGUGACUUUAGGUAACGGCAAGCUGUUUGUAAAAAUAUUGUAUGCAAACCAACAGCUCGAGUAAAUGUUUACCGUUGCUGAUAUUUUCAUAUUGUUAGGCAAAGUGAAAAGCAAGGUAUUUGAAUCCACGCCACAUAUUUAAUGAAGGUCCCACAGAAGUGGUCAUCAGUCAUUUGCUGUCUUUUGUGGAGACAAAAAAGGAGACUUUUUUUUUUUCUCACUCUGGCAUCUGCUCCAUGCACAAUGCUUGCUCUCUCUCUCUCUCUCUCUCUCUCUCUCUCUCUCUCUCUGUGUCUCUCUCUAUCUCUCUCUGUCUCACACACUCACUCUUUCUCUUUCACUCACUCAUGCUGGACUUUAAUAUGGUUAUGAUUAGAGACGGAGUUGAAAAGGGAGGGAGGGAUAGGGGGUCUCAUAUUUACUGCAGGAGAAAUGGGGGAGGUGCGGCGUCGCUAACAUGCUGAAUAGAGAAGAGUUGGUGUGUGAACAUGUGUAUUCAUGGCUUGGGAGUUCUGUGUGCUAAAAUAUUAAUCACCAAAAGAUGCCAAAAAUUUAGAGGCCAAUGAGAUUCAAAUAGAAGUUGUUCUCUAAGCAGAUCACGGCCGACAGGCACACACACAAACACACUAACUCUGGCCCUUCCUUUGCCCCACCUCCUGCCUCCCUUUCUCCUUCUCUCCUCCUCCCUCCCCCUUCCUCCCUCCCUCCCUUCUCUCGCUCUCUUUCUCCACCCCCCUUCGUGGGUGCGGGACUGAAGCAGUUGGUUCGCUCCUCUCUGCCUAGGACUCAGUGAGUGCUAUGUGGAGCUCUUAUUUAGGUCGGUUACAGAAGACUAAGAGCAGCUUGCCCAAGGGCAUCCGGUGAACUAAGAGUGCGAUAGAGUUAGAGAGAAAGAGAGAGAGUGAGUUCCAGCAAGCCAGGAACUAGCUCCAUAUUCCGGCCGAGAGAAAGGCAGGCAAGCAGCACUAAGACUACAGUGGAAGAAAGCAACAACAGGCGCAGAUCCUGAGCAGAGGAAUUCCAGCCUGGGUUUUGUUGUUUGUCCAGUGUGGUUUGUUGUCUUCUUGUUGUUUUGAGCUAGGAAACAGCUGUUAAACUUCGAAGAGUCUUUGGGUAGGGGACAGGGAUAGGCAGUAUGUUCGACUGUAUGGAGCCUCUGGGGAUGGGACCCCGGCAGCUCUACGAUGUCACUAACCGUGCGUGUAUGCUGAGGAAGGCGAGCCCCUACUUUACAGGGCUGGAUCACUUCGCCUGGACGGGGACUACAGCCGUUCAGUCUGUGGAGACUCAGAGCACCAGUUCAGAGGAGAUGGUACCCAGUUCACCCUCUCCACCCCCGCCACCUCGUGUCUACAAGCCAUGCUUCGUGUGCCAGGAUAAGUCGUCGGGCUACCACUACGGCGUCAGCUCCUGUGAGGGCUGCAAGGGCUUCUUUCGCCGCAGCAUCCAGAAGAACAUGGUGUACACCUGCCACCGUGACAAGAACUGCCAGAUCAACAAGAUCACACGCAACCGCUGCCAGUACUGCCGCCUGCAGAAGUGCUUUGAGGUCGGCAUGUCCAAGGAAGCUGUGCGGAAUGACCGAAACAAGAAGAAGAAGGACGUGAAGGAGGAAAUUUUGCCGGUUGAGAGCUACGAGCUGAGUGGUGAACUGGAGGAAUUGGUGAACAAAGUGAGCAAAGCACACCAAGAGACCUGCCCUUCAUUGUGCCAGCUGGGAAAAUACACCACAAACUCCAGCUCAGAUCACCGCGUUCAGUUGGACCUUGGAUUGUGGGAUAAGUUCAGUGAACUUUCCACCAAGUGCAUUAUCAAGAUCGUGGAGUUUGCCAAGCGCCUCCCUGGCUUCACAUCCCUCACCAUUGCUGACCAGAUCACCCUGCUCAAAUCAGCCUGCCUGGACAUUCUGAUGCUGCGGAUCUGCACACGCUACACACCGGAGCAGGAUACAAUGACUUUCUCAGAUGGACUCACUCUAAACCGCACUCAGAUGCACAAUGCAGGCUUCGGUCCACUAACUGAUCUGGUCUUUGCCUUUGCUGGCCAACUUUUACCGCUGGAGAUGGACGACACCGAAACAGGACUCCUCAGUGCCAUCUGUCUGAUCUGUGGAGACCGUAUGGACCUAGAAGAGCCCCAGCGUGUAGAUCGUCUACAGGAGCCCUUGCUGGAGGCACUGAAAAUCUACGCCCGCCGCCGCCGGCCCAACAAACCCCACAUGUUCCCCCGGAUGCUGAUGAAGAUCACAGACCUGCGUGGCAUCAGCACCAAAGGAGCAGAAAGGGCGGUCACAUUGAAGAUGGAGAUCCCGGGCCCAAUGCCACCUCUGAUCCGGGAAAUGUUGGAGAAUCCGGAGGCGUUUGAAGAGCAGCCGGAGUGCAGCGAGAGCAAAGCUGAACCAGCUCCUCCUCCUCCUCCUCCUCCCCCUCCUCCUCCAACAGUUCCCCCGUUUACCAUGAAGACAGAGCGUGAGGAUGAGGAAGAGAGCUGGGCCACUGAGAAUGGAAGUGAGCCAUCACCGGAGGAAGAAGAUGACGAAGACGAAGAUGCCGAGGAGGACAGGGGAACGGACAGUGACGGAGAGGCCUGGCCUGGUCAGGAACCUAAUGUGGACAUGUCCAGAAAGAGCCAUGGUGGAAGGGCCCAAUGAGCAGGCUUCUUCUCUGUAAACACACACCCACACCUCAUACAAACAUUUUGACCCCCACUUUCCCUUCAGUUACCCUGCUCUCACAGCAAUCUGCCCCUGUAGGGGUAAACACAGAGCCUUAUAUCCGUACAGCCAACCCUAACUCAGGCCUCAUGGUCAGCAAUGAGACACACAUGCACGAUGUGUGUGAAGACUUGAGAUGGAUGGCUCUUCUCAGGAACUCUGCAAAGAGGGAAGACGCAAGACAAAACAAACGACUGUACAGACAAAGCAGUUACUUUUUUUUUUAUACUAUCAUGUUUGUAUUAAAGAUAAAGGAGCAGCCAUACAGAAAGACACAACAUAAAACAGUCAACGGGUUCAACAAAAAAAACAAAAAACUGCAAGGUGAAAAACAAACAAACAAAAGAAAAUCAGUUAAUAACUUUUUUUGGAUGCAUUUGAAUACCGUUUUGACUUUUUUCAGCCUCUUUUACUUUUUAUGAAUAUGCCCAUACAUAUCUAUAUACCUUUUAUAUUUUUGUCUUUGUAUACUAUUUCUUCAGUUAUACAUUAUUUGGAUAGCUUUCCUAAGGAGAGAUGGAGAUGAUCGAAUACUUAUAACUGGCAGACAUCUACUGAGUCUCUACCCAGACCUCCGGCUGGGUUCUCAAGCACUUGGCUCAUUGUAGACGUCGACGCUAAUCAGUUCGCUAGGUCGUCUCUUCCUUGACUCCUGCUAGUUGAUCGGCGAUUUAACAACUGGGAUUACUGAUACGAGUUCUGGUUGCUUAAGCUGCAGUACCUUCCUGCCAACCGAAUGGUGUUUUUUGUGCCAAAGCAUGCAGUUAAUAAUGUCAGCUUUCGGUGACAAACUCUAAAGAGUACACUCGGUUCAUACGUAAGACAGGCUUUAUAUGAUAAACGUUCAGAAUGAUCACCUCCUUAAUGUUCUUUUGAGACAUGGAUUCCAGAAGAAUGCUUCACUAAGAUUUUCAUACACACACGAAAAUACCCACAUCUUAUAUAACCGCGUUAUCCCCACACAUCGAAUGCACAUCCAGCAUGCCGACAGAACUCUUUCUAUAUAUAAAAAAUAAAACGGAAACUCCGACUCAGGGCAUUUCGGUGAGGACCAAACGCUAGCUGCCUGCAGGCAUGCUGCAAAAACAGCAAUAUUUAUGUGUGUGUAGUAUUGAAUAUGUUUGCUCAGAUUAGAUGUCCUACUUGGAAGUGGUGACAUCUACAGACCUUAGUAAAGCCAUUGUAAAACUUUUAUAUGCUCUCUUUUAUUAUAGAAAUGGUCGUCAUUUUGUUUUUUGUAAUAUACUGCCAAAAAACAACAAACAAACAAACAAACAGCAUGCAAAUUAGGUGACCAUGUGUAAUGUGCCACUUUUACAGUUAUGCAAUACAGGAACCAGUUGUGUGUGUUUGUCUCUGGGAUUGUGAGGUCUGUUGAGCAUAGAUUUGGAAUGAUGAAUGUCAUUAGUGUGGUGCGAAAACAUUAAGAAUGUGAACGUACACCCACUCUUCAUUACACACACCCACACACACAAAAGCACCAUCACCUGUCUAUUGUGCACACUCAUGUCUGUCCUGUUUGUUCAGAAACACAUGCGCGCACACACAUCUCUCCUGGCACCUUGUGGAGUGUAGCACCUCCGGUAAGACGUUGCUAUGUUGCAAACUGAAUGUUGACAUGAUGUUGUCUGUUUUUGCUCAUUUUCAUGUCCUCAAUUUGGCUGAGGCAUUCUCAAAUGACCUGUUCAUGUUCAAGCAGCUCUGUUAUAUAAAGAAAAGCCAUAUAAACAUUCAGAGGCAAUAAAUGACUGAUUGCAA